UAUCCGAGCGUUGGGCCUCCGCGGGGUGGCAGCGGCCCACGAGACGGAUAAACUGGCACCCUGGCACUAUAGUGGACUCAGUGGAGGUUUGCUCACGGCUCCCGCACAGCUGAUCCCCGCAACCGAGAUGGCCAGCCUGCAGACCAUCCUUAAGUCGGCAGCCAAGCUUGAGACUCGGACCCUGUGGAUGGGGGUCAGAGCAAUGUGUACAGAGGCACCAAAACCACCACAACCUGCAGAGCCCAAACCUGCACAGGCCAAACCUACACCACCUACAAAGCCUGCACUAGAGCCUGCAUCGUUUAAUUAUGUCUCAGCAGCAACACCACCAGCUCCUAGUCAACCUGUGGGGCCAGGAGCAGACAAGGGUGGUCCAUACCCCAACCCUGAAUACUUCUCCUACAACAAGUUGAGUUUCUAUGACUUGGAAAUGGAGAUGUCCUCUGACCGCAUCAAACAGCCAUCAGCUGACAAUGGUCAAUUUUAAGGCAGCAGUGACCUUUGACAAAUAUAAACAUGCUUGCAAGUUGUCAUAAAAUACACACUAAACAGGGACAAACAAAAAAUGAUCAUCUGUCAUAAAUUAAUAUAUCUAAAAGUACACAAUAUUCUAAGAUAUACCCUAUGCUAGGACAGAAGAAACUUUUUCUUUGUCAAUUUACUGUUUCUUAUUUUGAAAUAUGUACUUUAUUGUGGAAUGUAAAUAAUAUACAUAUGAUUUAUA